AUGCUUACUGCUCGCCAGAAACAAGAGGUCGAACGUAUCAUUCGGCCCCAAAGCCCUAGCCUGUGCUGUACUGACGCACGCAUCGACAGCCACGAAAAUGCUCAAUGGAGGAUCCUUCCCAUGGGUAGCAAGCAAGCAUGCUCCGCGUGGAACUGGGUCAAUCCAUGCGGCUUUGAAGUCUUUAACCCUAGUAAGUUCGGCAUCGGCUUCAGUCGCGUUCACUGUCGCCGAAGUGGAAUGAUGGGAAGCAGCGUAGCUGCAUCCGAGCUCGUAGGACAACGCCAUACCAGCAAGACGAUUGUUCGAAGAACUUUCAUCGAUGGUAGGAGCGAAACGCAGCGCACCAGCAACACCAUCAUCCCCCGGAAAUUCGCCAUCUGA